AUAUGGCGUCGCAAUCGUCAAACUAAAAAUGGCGUUGGCGUUCACAUUGUGACAAGCACAAUACUAUAUUUGUGUGUGACAUUGAAUAAUUUCAAUAAAUUAAUAAACACUCGUUUACCUAAUUAAGCGCCACGAAGAGAUCGGGGUACAUUUGUGAAUGUGUUAGUGGUUGGGAUUGUGAAAGUUAUUAAAUAAAUGUAUUUAUGAUAAUUAUAUGGCGUGGCGAUGACGCAGUUUCUACCACCAAAUCUUCUUGCUCUAUUUGCGGCACGGGAUCCAAUUCCCUAUCUGCCGCCAGCGGCAAAACUUCCCCAUGAAAAGAAACAAAAAGGCUACGAUGGAGUCGGCGCUUUUCUCCAUAUUUUCGAGCACCCGUCUGAAACACCUCCACCUACACGAGUUGAGACAAGAGAAGAAAGACUUGAAAGACGAAGACGGGAGCGUGCUGAGCAGACGGCAUACAAAUUGGAGCAAGAAAUAGCAUUAUGGGAUCCCACAACCAAUGCACCGGCCACGGGCGAUCCUUUCAAGACAUUGUUUGUUGCUAGGAUAAACUAUGACACAUCCGAAUCCAAGCUUCGGAGAGAGUUUGAAGGGUACGGAGUAAUAAAGAAAAUUCAUAUGAUAUAUAAUAAAGACAAUGGCAAACCAAGAGGAUAUGCUUUCAUUGAGUACGAACAUGAGAGAGACAUGCACUCCGCGUACAAGCACGCCGACGGCAAGAAGAUCGACGGGAAACGCGUGUUGGUCGACGUGGAGCGAGCGAGGACGGUCAAGGGGUGGCUGCCGCGGCGACUCGGCGGCGGGCUGGGCGGCACGCGGCGCGGCGGCGCGGACGUCAACAUCAAGCACUCGGGCCGCGAGGACAACGAGCGCGAGCGCGAGCGGUACCGCCUCGAGCAGCGCGAGCGCGACCGCGACGAGCGCCGCGAGCGCGACCGCGGUCGGCGUCGCAGUCGGUCUCGUUCCCGGAGACGUUCCGCGUCUCGCUCGCGCAGACGGGAACGGGAGAGGGAGAAGCGAGACGACGAUACCGAGAGACGUCGGCGGCGGUCGCGCUCGCGUUCGGAGCGUCGCCGCGAGCGUCGCGACCGCGACAAGGAGCGCGACAAGGAGCGGGAUAAGGACCGCGACAAGGACCGCGACAAGAGGCGGCGGCGGGACAAGGAGCGGAAGGAGCCCAAGGUCAAGCCCGAGGACAUCAAGAUCAAGGAAGAGCCGCAGGACGAUUAUCCAGAGUUCAGCCUGCCGGCCCUCGACGUUCAGAUUAAACAGGAACCGAGCGAGGAUGAAAAUAAAUAUAAUCCUGAGGACGCCAACGGAGACGAUUAUAACUAUUAAACUACACACACACACUCGCACGACUCGUCCGCUAGAUUCGACUUCACGUAACUGUGACGCUGGACUAUCACCUGUCCGUAACUUCCACUUGAAAUCGCUCCAACAGCUAAAAUUCAUAAAUUUAAUGAGACAUUUUUUGUUUUGCUAACCGUACUUUACUAGUGUGUAACAGGUCGUUGACAUUCGUGUCUGUACCACGUGUGUGGUACGUCUGACUUAACUUAGUUCAAAUAGCCGACUUGGAUAGACUGAGCUGAUUGUUCUAUGACACACAUUCAUAAAUUUCCACAGUGACACACACAAACUUUAGAUGAAAUGCUUUUUGGUGAUAGAUCUCUUUCCAAUAUAUAUAUGUAAAUAUUUUAUAAUUCGGCA